GUUGUCAGAUUAUAUGAGGUUUGUGUCAGGUGCGUGUUAGUUAGGCCCUCUCUCGCGCAUCGCAUGGCAAGUUGGGGACGGAAAUGUCCUCGUCACGCGAACUGGAGCCAUCCGGUAUUCAAUUGGCUACAGAAACCUGAAAACGCCACGGAUAAUUGAGAGUCCAUCAGAAAUUGGUGGCAGUAAGCUUCAGAGUGGGUCCCACAUUGGCUGGAUGCAUCGACUAUUAAAUUUGUCAGAGCAUGGACCUCUUGCGGAAGCCAUUUGCCAUUUUUAAAAAAAUAAUUGCGUGGUCUGUCCUUAAACAUCCUUAUGUGUUACGAAAGGGAGCAAAAUGUUGCAUCUUUUUGUAAAGGAAACAGAACUGGAUCUGUAUGCAUGAUGGAUCGGGAAAAGCUUAAUAAAGGAUGGUUCUAAUAAGGCCAAUUGGUUUGGACGGAAGGGAUUUCUUCAUGGAUUAGUAAUUGGUCUAAUCACAUGAAUUAUAUUUCAGCAUCAGUAGUGAUAUAUUUUGGUGCAGUAACUAUUAUUCACCACAGCUAAUAAAUGCUUUCUUGCAUUAGACUCUUAAUUAAAUAUAAUGUUGAAGCUUAUACGAUAACUGAAGUCAAAUGAAAAAAAAAAAUUCGAUAAAUAUUGCAAGAUUUUUCAGACUAAACCGUGUUUAUUUUCCAGUUAUGGCGUUAUCAUGUUUCCUUGGGCUGUAUCCCCUAACAUUUCAUCACAGUCCUCAUCACACUCUGGACAAACACUGAUGACAUAAAGUCUUGGCAAGCAAAUCAAAGAUUUACAUGGUCCUAGAAUAUGUAAAUGGAGGGGAAUUGUUUGACAGAAUAGCAUCCAAGGGCAAGCUUUCAGAAGCUCAGGGCAGGAAGCUCUUUCAGCAGUUGAUUGAUGGUGUCAGUUACUGUCACAGCAAAGGUGUUUUCCAUAGGGAUCUCAAGCUAGAGAAUGUUCUUGUUGAUGCAAAAGGAAACAUAAAGAUAUCUGAUUUUGGACUCAGCGCUUUACCACAGCAUUUCAGGGAUGAUGGGUUACUGCAUACAACCUGCGGAAGUCCUAACUAUGUUGCACCUGAGAUUCUCUCAAACAGAGGUUAUGAUGGUGCCACAUCAGAUAUUUGGUCAUGUGGUGUUAUUUUAUAUGUAAUUCUCACAGGAUAUCUCCCUUUUGAUGAUAGAAACAUUGCAGUUCUAUAUCAAAAGAUAUUCAAGGGUGACGCUCAGAUACCUAAAUGGCUAUCACCAGGUGCUCAAAACAUGAUAAGGAGGAUCCUUGAUCCAAAUCCAGUUACCAGAAUAACAGUGGCAGGUAUCAAAGCUGAUGAAUGGUUCAAGCAGGACUAUACUCCUGCUGAUCCUGCAGAAGAAGAAGAUGAUAUAUAUAUUGACAAUGAAGCUUUCUCGAUGCAUGAAAUGCCAUUGGAAGGGGAGAGGAGUCCAGGAUCGCCUGCACUCAUCAAUGCCUUUCAGUUGAUUGGAAUGUCCUCAUGUCUAGACCUCUCUGGGUUCUUUGAGAAAGAGGAUGUUUCAGAGAGGAAGAUUAGAUUUACAUCUAGUCACUCUUUGAAGGAUUUGCUUGAGAAAAUAGAGGAUAUUGUGACGGGGAUGGGAUUUCGAAUCCAAAAGAAAAAUGGGAAGUUGAAAGUGGUGCAAGAGAACAAGGAGCAGAGAAGUAUGGGUAGUCUUGCAGUUGCUGCAGAGGUAUUUGAAAUAAGUCCAUCGCUGCAUGUAGUUGAAUUACAUAAAUCAUAUGGAGAUCCUUCAGUUUAUAGACAGUUAUGUAAAAAGCUAUCAAAUGAUUUAAGCGUCCCAUCGGGUCAAGGACUGUUGACCACACAAGUGUGAAUAUAUAAUGAAUUGCUAGGUGAGGGAGGCCUUGGAGAGGAGAAACCAGUGUACAUCCCUGUUUACCAUGUGCAAAAACCUACUCUUUGUAGUUAUUAUAGUUAUUCAGCAUGUGAAAGAAAGUAAAUUAUGCCCUUUGGGCCUUGAAAUGAAAGAGUAAAUUAUGCCCUAA